AUGGCUGACCAAGAGAGCCCAACAGCGACCCAUAACUCGCCUCGCACGUGGCUGUUGACUGCAUCGCUGUCGCCCCUGACCGUUCGUCUGAUCCGGCAGUUGCUGUCUCACGGCGACUGCGUCGCUGCCUGUUUUCCUCCCUUGGAGAUUGAACAUGAGGAGCGAAGUGCCGAGUUUCGUGAGCUCAUCGACGAGUGCACUAGCGGGCGGAAAGACCGGGAGGGCUGGAAGGACAGGAUUCGCGGAAUUCGCUGCGAUGGGAGGACAAUGAGUGGAUGCGGCGCCGCGGUUGCCGAGGCCGUCGAGGUGUUUGGGAGGAUUGAUAUCCUGCUGUGCUGCAGCACCGGCGGCCACAUCGGAACGCCGCACAUGUCCAUGUAUACGGCGGCAACGUGGGCGCUCGAGGGAUUCUGCGACUCCCUUGCUUACGAGAUUGCCCCGUUCAACAUCAAGGUCACCAUCGUGCAGCCCAACAAGGAGAUCCAGUCGCUCACGAACCGUAUCGCCUUUGCUCCGCAGAUUCCCGCUUAUGCGAGCAGCUUCGCAGAGGCCCCCAGCGUCCGCGAAAUGCUAACCACGGUCCUCAACUCGCAUCCUGACACGGCGGUACCGGCUAAUCCGGAUAUCGACAUGUCUGCUACGUCACCCGACAGUCUCUCACUGGAGUCGGGCGAAGCUGUGGGUGAGAUUUUUUACCGCUAUCCCAAAUUACCACCAUCCUCCAUCGACAAGCUAGUCAACGAGACCAUUUAUGCACUGACGGCCAUUGGUGGACACGAGAACCCACCAUCACGACAUAUCGUCGGAACGGAAGGUGCCCUUGCUGUCAAGGAGAAACUGAAGACCGUGACGGAGGAAAUGGAGGAUUUUGUCGAAGCGAGCCUUGCCGUCGACAUCUUCGAGAGCGAAUUGACCGAAGAGGCUAGGGACGAUAGGAAUCGGGGUGCGAGCCAAACACCCGCUACGGGACUAUCGACCACGCCGUCUCCAGGAAACCAGCAAAGAGAAUUAGCUUCAGAUUUCAAGGAAGGUUGGAGUUACAGUGCGACUCCAGAUGCUAGAAUGAGCUUGGACCCUUUGCUUCCCAUUGCUCCCGCGAGGGUGAAGGCACUGCUGCUCCCUCUUGGAAAGAUCAAGGCCGCCAGAUUUGCGACCUUUGCCGAGAGGCUGCAGGCUGAACAUGUCGUCCAACUCAGAGACAUCAGCGCCGAUGGGCGACCCAAUAGGAAUAUGUUCUCGCCAUUGGCGUAUCCCGACGGCGCAAUGCUCUACGACCUCAUUGCCCACGUCCCCCCACCCUCUCAUCUCGCUCUCUCCCCCUUCGACCUGUUUCGAGAGCCAAUGGCCGUUAUCGCGAUAGCCGACGGCCAGGAACUCGGGGAUGCGACGUAUAGCAAAAGAAACUCCAUGAACGGAAAGGGCCCCCGGCCCAUCGAGAAGAACAUCAGAGCCCUAUACCAGGAGCUCGAAGACCUGCGAGACAACUAUCCCAAAGCCCUCAUACACCGAGUACUCAUCUUCGACUAUGUCUCGCCAAUGACGGAAGUGCCCAUCCCCGAGGGCAUGGCGGCGAUCCCCCCACCCGAGGAUUCGAAGAGAACUACAAUGAAGACGGUCAUGUGCGACAUAUCGUCCUUGCUGCUGGCUGAGAUGACAACCCUGGGGAAAUCCUACGAGGCCAUGACGGCGAUUGAGUCUCCAGGAGGGUAUUCUCUGGCUAGACAGCUUAGCACUACAUCAUGGGGCCCGGAUGCUACUUCGCCGACAAGUUUUACUACCAACUUCACUAGGAGGAACUCUCAGUUUGCUUUUCCGCCGAACCUUCAGCGAUCCAGCUCUGCUUCAGGCUUGAUGGGCGACCGAUCAGGCGCGCGACUGUCUCUGCCUCCGGUUCCUACAAACCGAGCACCGGGCUCAAGCGUCUCAACACCAGGCCGCCCGUCUACACCCCUGAAGAGCAAUCUAUCUAGUCCACCCCUGAGCGCGGAUGAGCUUCCAAGCCCUUCUUCAAGCCAACGGCCUGAGUCUCCCGAUACACAGAGCAGGUCUGAUUUCACCGAAGAGACGAGCCACGACCGUGUUUCUGUGCAGGGAUUUGGUCCUGGGUCAGCAAACGACCGUUGGAGGCUUAAAGGAAAAGGCAGAUCCUCCAUUGUUAUAGGCUCAAUGUACCUACAGGCUGGUCGCUGGAGCGAUUCCUUGAAGGAGCUGAGCGAAGGAGCAACUGCUGCCAAGUCUUUGAAUGAUCACGUCUGGCACGGAAAGGCAUUGGAGCUGAUCUUAAUGAAUUUGCUACUGCUGGGCUGGUCAGGCUUAACCUUCCAAAUUCCGACAGUGUGUCUUCCUCCUCAUGAUAAACACUCGUCUGUUAAGCCAGAGCCGGAAGAGAAGGACGGCGAUCCACCCAGACAUGUCCGAUAUCUUCAGAACCUUCUUCCCGAGCUUCUCGAACGAAUCGUGGGACUUUAUUCUAAGACAUCGACGGAAAACAUCCCCCCUCUACCGUUGGCGGAGACUACGAUUAGAUUCAGUAAAAUAAUGUUGGCCCUUCAUGUUUGUGAGGGCAAGCUUAAUCAAACAGCGUUUGAUAUGAUAGUCCUGGGGAAAGGGACGGGAAAAGAGCUCACAACAUCACCGCGGUUGCUGAUAAUACCAACAAGACAGCAGAUUUUAACUCUCUUAUUCCAGGCGUUUCCUUCUACAGCCACAGAACUGCUUACCACCAUUGAUCGAAUAUCGAUUUUGAGCGGCAUAGCAGCUGUGCUUGGACCUCUGGGGUACCAUCGGAAGAAAGCCAUGGUCACUCGCGAAUUGGUUUCAGUUCUCAUUGGAGGGCUUGUUGAAGCACGGACGCGAGGGGCUGCGGACGCUGGAGUUCAUCCCGCUGCGGGCCUCGUGGCCGUGACAGCUUCUAAUCCGCAGGGCACUACCGGAGCAAUGGCCCUUGACUUGGCUGAAGGAGAUAUCGAGCAGGGCAUAGAGGCUUUCCUUGAGCUCCUUUGCAAGUCUUACGGCGUUAUUGGAUUUGAUAGGGCGAAGCCCCGGAGGCAGUCGCUUCGGGAAGGGUUUGACGACUCUGAUGACGCUGUGAUUGCUAGAAUUCGCGGCCAGAUGAAGAUGCGGUUCUUCGGCUUUCCCGAUAUCAAACUUAACAUCCUACGAGCCUGCAUCAACUUCUCGGAAGCUCUACCGGACUUUAACGGGGUUCUCAAGUUUUCUAGCGACCUGAUGCGCACUGCUGGAUCGGGUGUCGCUCCGGGUCCUCGUCGUGAAGAUGCUUCCCCAAAGAUCUACAGAGAUGAGCAAGUCCGUUUGAUAAGCAACAUUUCACGGACUUCGAAUCUUGUGAAGAGAUUGGGCAUGUCCCAUUUGACGGCUGAAUUCUGGGAUGAGUUCCUCGUUCGAGACAUCAAGCUGGAGCCGCUCCCAAGUACCCGGAUUCCUAUUCCUCACGCUCGCAGCAUUUUGCCGGGCGCGACGACUACUCGUGCGUCUCAGGAUGCUAAUCCGUUCAUCUACAAUCCAUUCCUACAAGAGCCGGACGACGCAGCUGCCGCAAAUUUGGUUGCUGGUGAGCCUGCGAAAUUUAAAGUCACGAUCCAAAACGUAUAUGACGUUGAGUUGGAUAUUGAGAGUAUAAAGCUAGAGACAGAAGGUGUCGAUUUCGAAGCCAUGACGGAGAGUGUCAUCAUCGGUCCUUAUCGAACACAGGCUGUCCGGCUACAAGGCCUGGCAAAAGAAGCAGGAUCCAUCAAGGUAACGGGAGCAAUUAUCAAAGUAAGAGGCUGCAGAGAGAGAAGAUUUGCCGUCUUUCCUAAGCACUGGAAGCCUUAUCAAGAAGAUAAAAUCAAGGUCAAGGGCAUCGCAUCGGUUUCUGUUCCUCUCAUGUCAGGCAAAUACCAUGACAUGCCUCUAGAGCCUGCUACCCUGGAUCUCAACGUCAUCGAGCCUCAGCCCCUGGUGACGGUGAAGUCGACGACUCUUCCACAAUCUUCAGUUAUGAUUCUGGAGGGUGAGAGGCAGAUAUUCUCCGUCACGUUACAAAACCAAUCCACGACGCCGGUUGACUUUAUGCUCUUUUCCUUUAAAGACUCAACACAGGAACCUCUGCAAACAGCUCUCGCAAACCGGGAGGCUACGCCAGCAGAGAUUUAUGAAUAUGAAUUGAUACUUAUUAAGAAGCAAGCUUUACGACUUCCAAAGGCUAGUCAGGACCGCAAUAUUGCUCCAGGAGGCGAGGCAACAUUUGAAUUUGAGAUUCUUGGCAAGCCGGGGCUGACGCAUGCAACAAUCCAAAUCGAUUACACUUACCUCGGAGCCCCUCGAGACGAGAUAACUGAGCAGUUUUACACACGACAGCUAUCUCUGCCCUUGACAGUCACAGUCAAUGCAAGUGUUGAGAUGGCAAGGAUCGAUGUGAUUCCCAUGCACGGCAUAAUCCCGCAGCCUCUCUGGGAGCGCUUAGGAGGCGUCAAGCCGGUAAAGCCCGACGAAUACUGCCUGCUAUCCGUUGACUUACGAAAUGCUUGGCCAAGUCAAAUGGCAGUUCACAUUGAAAACGAAGAUGGCAUGGCUGUUGAAGAGGGCAUCCUCCCCGGCAAGACGAGUCGAAUUAUAAUACCCGUUAGGCGGGUAUACCUUGAAGAUCCCCACGCUUCAAUUCCCAGCCUUAAUCCCUCAAAGAGUAGGCAAUUUGUGGUGAGCAUGAGCAAAAUCUCACCGGAGAUGGAGCGGGCCAACCGCGAGGCUUUCUGGUACAGGGAAAAGAUUCUCGACAGUCUAAAGGCAACUUGGAGGACAACAGCAGUGCCAAGGCGGAAUGGCGUCGCCGAGCUCCGGAACAUUCGCCUUACUACCCGCAUGAUUGACAUUAUCAAGGUCGGCGAGAUCGGUGUAGAUGUAUCUGUGGAGCGUCCGAAUGAUAGCGGGACAAGCGUUAACGUCGCGUACGUGGAUGAAUUUCUACAGGUGCGAGUGCGAGUCACCAAUAGAACAAGCCGGCCAAUUAGCUCCCUGGUCAGACUCCUACCGGCGCUGUGUCACCGCUCCGUCAAUAUCGCACUUGAUUACACACGAAAAUUCGUGUGGAACGGUACACUGCAGCAGCUUCUACCAGAACUCCCAGCUGGUGGCAGCACGGACUUUGUGAUUGGCGUGACUGCGCUCUGCAGAGGGGAGUUUGAGCUUACGGCGUCGGUCGAAGAGGUUCAGACCUGGGAUGAUGUCAACGAGAAGGAAGCGGAUGGUGAGCAAGCCCAAGGGCGGCCGCGGUCGGAUACCCAAACGAUUGUGAAUACGGUUCUUGGUAUGAAGGAGCGGAGAAUGUGGCAUUCACGACAGCCGUGCAUAUUGACGGUGAAGGAUUCGGAUUGAGUUACGAAGUACAGCUAGAGCCUGUUUAAUGCCGAGAUGUCUUUUUACGUCCUCGCCGAUGAUAGCGAUAGCGAUGAAUGGUGCUGCGGCACAUAUGCGUGUACAUCUCUGAUACAUUGUUUAGUAUUUUUAUAAGUGUUACGAAUUGUAUCAGUUAAUAUCUGAGCGUGCUGGGAAUAAAGAGUCAUAACUCGAUCUAAAGUCAGUCUGCGUGGCCAUCAAUAGGAUUGCUGCUACCUAUACUAGAAACAAAGUAAACAGACAACGUGUAUUGUACGUGGAGCGUUGAAAUACAGUCACUUUGAUAAGACAUUG